AUGGCCAACAUCCCAACAUUAGAGUCCUUUUCACCCGAAAAGGAAAACAUCCAACCUCUAGCCAAAGGCCGACGAGCAGCAACCCUCUCGCAACUCUACACAUCAUCAGAUGCCACCACCCUCGCAGCACACCUCGCCGAAGAACGCCUCAAAUACGAACACGAAAUCACAACCCAACCAGACGACGUCGACGACCCGCUCGACAUCCACCAUAGAUACAUCACAUGGAUACAAUCAACACACACAUCUUCAUCACCACCCGAACUCCUUAAAGCCGUUGAACGUGCCGUACGUCUCUUUCGUAAAGAUGGACGCUACAAGAACGAUAUCCGGUAUCUCAAGAUGUGGAUAAUGGUGGCCAAACAAGCUACGGAUCCUAAAGAGGUGUUUAAAUAUUUGUCUGUCAAUGAGAUUGGAACUGGACUGGCCGGUUACUAUGAAGAGUAUGCUAGCUUGAUGGAGAGUUUGGGAUUGUGGUAUAAUGCGGAUGAGAUUUAUCAGUUGGGGGUUGCGAGACGUGCUGAGCCGGCUGACAGGCUUGCGCGCAAGUAUAGACAGUUUCAGGAACGGUUUGAGAGGGCGAGGGAGCGGGGUGUUGGGGCGAGUGUGUUGGGUGAUGAGUUUGUUACGGGUGGGGGUACACAGAGUGCGAUGAAUGAGGAUGCUGGUAGACGGGCAUUGCAAGCUAGGUCUGGACCAGCUGUUGUAGAGCAGCAACCAGAACCUAAAUCUAGUAGUAGUGGUGGUAGCAAUAAGGCACCUGAAAAAGUCCCUGUAUAUAAACAGGUAGAUCCACCAUUGUCGGUCAUGCCUACCGCAGCAUCCAGUAAUCCGUGGCCGGAAUAUGGAGGUCGCGCUUCGUUACGCAAGGAGAACGAACCGCAGACUACUGCUUGGAAGGGACAAAUACUUCCUCAGCAGUCUGUUGGUGGUGCUGGGAAGAGUAAGAAGGCAGCUGCUAAGGAGAAGUUUGAGGUGUUUCGAGAUGAUGAAGCGAAUAUGAUACGUGUGCCUAGCGCACCAUCUCAGGCUCCAUUAAAGCUGAAAGAAGGAGGUGCUACAAGUGGUGGUAGUCUCAGUGCAGCCUCUACUGGUGAAAUGUUAGCAGCUCUAGACGUCACACUCUCCAGACCACUACCUCCGCCAGCCACUUCGAGACCUGAACUAACUAGGAAUGAGCACAAAGUAGAUGUCAAGGACAAGGGGGUCAAAGCACCAGCAUCUCAAAGAUAUGCUUUCAACAUGGACUUGGCACACCCUCCUAACAGUAUUGAAGUCUCGUUUGAAGAAAUGCGAGCUAAACUACCAAAGUAUCAGAUCAUCCCUUCACCAACAAGUCUAGAUGAUCAGACUCGAUGUAUAAAAUACGAUUUGACGCAGACCAUUCCUCGAAAAAAGUCCUUUGCACCAUCACCAACAAUAAAUACGAAAGAAGCCUUUGCAGAUGUCAUGAAUAUGUGGAGCCAGCCUCUUCCUGAUGAAGAGCUGGAUGCUAGACCAGAUGAAACCAUCUCAUCAAAAGUGUUUAAGAGAGAAUUUGUUAGUGGAGCUUCUUUAGGUGUAUUUCAUGACGAUGAGGAUGAUGAUGGUGAUGAGGUGCAAGAGCUAAAAGGUGGAGAAGCCAAAAUGACUCUCAUGCCCCAAAACGAUGAAAAUGCUGUAGUGGUGCGACCUAGUGCUAGUAAACGGUCGUUAGGUGGUAGUAUCACGAAACCUUUAGGUGACAAACUCUUGGGAGCUUCUCCACCACGGAGAUCAUCACCCGUAAUGGACGAUACUACUACAAACCCAUUCCAUGAAAGACAUACACCAUCUCCUUCUGCUGAAUCCCAGCCUUCUUCGAAAUUGAAAUUGUUUGCUGCUUUUGGAUCUAGUAGUAGCGUUGGUAUAGCAGCCGCAGGAUCUGAUGCUGCUGUUGCUAAUAGUGGUAGCAAGAUAAAGAAACGGACGGCGUUAGCGCCAAUUGUAGACUCUACUUCUGAAGAGUUGGCUCCACCACCUCCACAACAUUCAGCAGCACUGUCAACGAUAUUACCAUUAGCUCAAUCGCAUAGGCCAUUAUACACUUCGACACCAGCCGCUCAUCCAUAUUAUUCACGACCAGGAGCAGGACGUCGCUUUGAUAUACUGACUCCCAUAACGGACGUAUCUGACGAAGAUAGAAGGAGUACCAUGGGUACCUCCACAGAUGACAAGACAGAUCGUGUCUUUUUUGAUUUCCCUGAACGCACAAGUCGAUCUUAUCGUUCGGUGGAUUCUCGAAGCACUGCAAGUAGUAGAAGUGCCAAUACGAGUCUCGUUGUAGAUCAUACCCAUCAUACUUUUGAUAGUCGACGUAUAGCCGGUGUCCAUCAGUCAUCACCCGUAACGCUGGCUCCAGGAAUUACUGGUAUUAGCUCCAUAGCUAGUGUUGACACCGAGUCUGAAGAAGAUGGUGGUGAAGGUGAUGAAGAUCAAGAGCCAGAUAUGGAUGAUACUCAUCAUAGUAAAGCACGACCUCCAACACCUUUAAAAGCACGUACACCACGCUCUAAAGCUCGAGUUGUAUAUCCGGAUUUAUCAAAUCCAUGUGAUAUGCUAUUGUCUGAGACUCUUGCAGCCAUGCUCUCGAGUGCAUCACGUCCAGUUGAUUCCAUUCCUGGAUACUACGAUUGUAAAUCCGAUAGAACGCACCCUCAACUCAUCUCGACGAUAUUGGAAGCUAGUGUACAGUCAAAAAGUAGUAGUGGUGGUCAUACUGUCAGAGGAGCUGUUCGACAAGCGAGUCGAAUGCGAACGAAUUCUAGAGAUUCUACGAUAAUACCUUCUGGAAUGGAUACUAGUAUCGUGCUACCACCGUAUGGAACAUUCUCUGCAUUGAAGAAAUUGGGAGAAGGUGGAUUUGGUAGUGUCUUUAUGUGUAGACGCAUCGCUCCCAUGCCUGAUUCUGAUGAGGAACCGGAGAUCGGCAGUAAUGAUGAUGAGUUUUGUGCUAUCAAAGUUCAGAAACCGGCCAACUCUUGGGAGUUCUAUAUCCUGACGAUACUACGGGAACGAUUACACACACGAAUUCUAAAGUCGAUUGUGACGCCGCUAUCGCUCCAUUUAUAUCCUGAGGAGAGUUUGUUGAGGCUGAAACUCGAGCCAGGAACAUUAUUGGAUGUUGUGAAUGCCUCUAAAAGUGAGGGAUAUGGUACAACAGAUGCUGGAGUAGACGAACUUCUUGUAGGCUUCUGGACCAUUGAGUUGCUACGAACUAUAGAAGCUAUGCACUCUGUUGGGGUGAUCCAUAAUGAUAUUAAACCCGACAAUAUUCUAGUAAGAUUCCCCAUGUCUGCUUCCAAUAAUUCCGAUACAGUCGAAUGGGAUGCACGGUAUCACACAGAUGGAUCUGGUGGCUGGUCAGCUCAUGGCAUUACCAUGGCAGACUGGGGAGUAGCAGCUGAUAUACGGGGAUGUGUUCCACAUCAACGGUUUACAUCAUGUAACAGCAAACGUACUGGUGGUGGCGGUGGAGUCAAAAAGCAUUAUGGUGACUCUAGUUAUCAUUGCUGGGAAGGUCGAACUGGACUUGGAUGGCGCUAUGAAGGAGACUGGUAUGGUGCUGCUAGUGUAAUCCAUGUCUUGCUAUUCGGACGCUAUAUGAAUGUGGUUGAAGAAGAUGGCGAUGUAGACGCUACCUCACAGAUUCAUGACCAUCAAGAAUGGCAUGAUGAUGAGAUGAGCAUCAUACCUGGUGUCCAUCCAUGGACUUCCAAUAUAAAUAACAGUGAUGGUAGUGGUGAGGAUGAUUCUAGUGAACGGCCGCCACGUAUACGAAUUCUAGCUCCCAUGAAACGGUAUUGGCAAGCACAUAUGUGGAGACGAGUGUUUGCUGUCUUGUUGAACAGUGGGGCGUAUAACUCCGUUACGACUCUGUCGAAUGAUCACGUUUGUGACGGUGAUGGUGAAUCUCAUCAGCACCAACAACUGGAAUCCGAGUUUCCAGCUAUACGACAUGUACGUAAAUUACGUGGUGAAGUGGAGACGUGGGUGGCUGAAAAUAGUAAUCGUGGUGGGAAGAGUCUGAGAGGGACUUUGAAACGUGUCGAGAUGAGUUUGAGGCCUGGUUAG